UCUUUCUAAUAUUUUAUAAAUUAUAAUUAGUUCCCUUUUAAUUGAUUCAGCUCUUAAUAUCGCUUUUAGCUCAUUUUACCACAAUUGUUCCUAUUGCUCAAACCUUAGGGAGCAAUCCAUGAAGAGUCAAAUAACAAAAUUGGUAGCCAAUGGACUUCACAAAGAAGGCAUUUACUUGUAUUCCCAGAUCCACUCUUCUUUUUGUCCCACUAAAUUUUCCUUCCCUUGUCUCUUCAAAUCUUGCGCCAAGCUAAGGAAUAUACCACAAGGCCAGAUACUCCAUGCCCAUUUGCUUAAAUACGGUUUUGGUACCGAUGUAUACGCAGCCACAUCUCUUAUCAAUAUGUACAUGAAACUCGCCUUAAUGGACAGUGCCUUAAAGGUGUUCGAGGAAAUUCCUCAACCAAAUACUGCUUCAUUAAAUGCUAGCAUUUCUGGGUUUUCGCAAAAUGGAUAUCAUGUUGAAGCUUUUCGGAUGUUUGGGUUGUUUAGUGGUUUACAGUUUAGGCCGGAUUCGGUUACUAUAGCUAGUGUUUUAUCAGGCUGUGGGAAUAUUAAUUAUGGUGUUCAAAUGCAUUGUUGGGCUAUAAAGAUUGGUGAGGAUAUGGACAUAUAUGUAGCUACUUCGCUUUUGACUAUGUAUUUGAAUUGUGCGGAUUGUGUUUCUGCUACGAGGUUGUUUGAAUUGGUUCAGAAUAAGAAUGUGGUAUGCUAUAAUGCAUUUAUUUCUGGGCUGUUGCAAAACAGGGUGGAGGAAGUGGUUUUGGAUGUGUUCAAGCAGAUGUCAUUAGACGAAGAACCAAAUGCAGUUACUUUAAUAUCUGUUCUCUCUGCAACUGCUAAUCUUAAGAAUGUGAAGUUUGGUUGGCAAGUUCAUGGAUUUAUUGUGAAAAAUGAGCUACAAUCUCAUACAUUGGUGGGAACUGCACUUGUAGACAUGUAUUCGAAAUGCUGUUUCUGGUUAUGUGCAUAUAAAAUCUUCAAAGAGCUGGGUGGCAACAGGAACUUGAUAACAUGGAAUUCCAUGAUUACUGGCAUGAUGUUGAAUGAGCAAACAGAGAAAGCUGUUGAACUUUUCAUGGAAUUAGAAUCAGAAGGAUUGAAACCAGAUUCAGCAACAUGGAAUUCAAUGAUCAUUGGGUUUUCACUGCUGCAAAAAGAGACUGAAGCUUUUAUGUUCUUCAGGAAAAUGCUUUCUGCUGGUGUGGUUCCCAGUGCGAAAUCUGUUACUAGUGUUCUGACGGCAUGCUCAUCUCUAUCCUCACUCCGUUGUGGCAAAGAGAUUCAUGGAUAUAUUUUUAGGAUGGAAAACAUUAUUGAUGAAUUUAUUGUCACCGCAAUCAUUGAUAUGUACAUGAAGUGUGGACAAUUUUCUUUGGCACGGAAGGUUUUUGAUCAGUUGGAAGUAAAAUACGAUGAUCCUGCUGUCUGGAAUGUAAUGAUUUCAGGGUAUGGAAGGAACGGGGAAGGUGAAGCUGCUUUUGAGAUGUUCUCUCUGAUGUUAUUGGAGAAAGUACAGCCAAAUUCAGCAACUUUGAAUUGCAUGCUGUCUGUGUGCAGUCACAUCGGAAAUUUGGAGAAAGCAUGGCAAAUUUUUAGGUUGAUGAUUACAGAUUUUGGCUUAGCCCCAACUCUAAAGCAACUUAAUAUUAUGGUUGAUUUACUUGCUCGAUCUGGUCGGCUGGAUGAAGCUAGAGAACUACUACAGCUCAUUCCUGAACCCUCUGCAUCUGUUAUUGCUUCUUUAUUAGCAGCUUCCGAGCAUUUCUCUAAUGCAAAGAUGGGAGAAGAAAUGACCAAAAAGCUCUCAGAUUUGGAGCCGGAAAACCCUGUUCCUUUUGUGAUUUUAUCCAACCUUUAUGCUAGACAAGGAAGAUGGGACAAUGCUGAAAGAAUCAGAGAAUCAAUUGAUGAAAGGGGACUGGAAAAACUUCCAGGCUACAGUACUGUAGGAGUGACAUAAUAUGCCAAAACUGGUUGAACAUACUACUAUUGGAUCUUAUGCCUGAUCUGCAUGAACUGGGUCUCUCUUUUUUUUUUCCUCCAGUCAUUGCCCCAACAGUCCUUGUGCGAGAAAAUUCAAAAUCUAUGUUAAAGAUGUUGGUGCUUCAAAGAUAAAGGGAUGAGAUCUCCGGGUGCAAGCACACAAUCGACUGCAUUAACCUUGUCACUCGUCAUAAUACUGUGAACUAGCUUGGAAGCCAGACAGUACAAAGAGAGACUUGCAUCAAGCUUGCGUGCUAUUAGUGUGACAACCUUCAUGACCCAUGUGUGCCGAAGCAAUUGUCUGUGAAGUCCUUUCUGGUCAGCUUCCUUCAGUUAGGACGGGCAAAUUUGAAUAUUGAAGCAGAAAGUAACAGGAAGCAUCUACAAGCUUAUAUGAUAAAGGAUCUGCCACCAAAAGAAUGAAGCGGACUCUAAUGGAGUUGCAGCAAAGCAAUGGUUUGACUACUACUGCAAAGAGAACUUACAGCUGCAACUUAUGCUUAAGAGAAGGUGCACUAUUCCAGAAACAUGUUUAAUUCCAUAGGGGAAAAAAAAUCUCCAAUACCAUGGUUCUUGUGAGGACAACCCUUGGAAGACUGACUGGCUUUCUAACUUGACUGAUCCAAUAUACUGGAAGACCUACAAAUUUUUCUGUAGAUGGAAUUAUAUAAGAUGCAGAUUCGAAGUACGGAGGAUUGGUUAAUGCAAUAUCAAAACAGUUGAAGAUUGACAUUACCUCAAUCCAAAUUGAGAUUAAGUUUUUGAUAAGUGAUACAUGCCCACCAGUGCUCAUACACAAUGACACGAGAGUAAUGGUAUAUUUAGAUUAAAAAAAAAGUAUUGUCGAUUUUUUUGUUAAAUAUCUAUUGUAUGUGACAACAAAAUAUACAAUAAUGAAUAUUAAUGAAAAUAUUGAACAAUCUAU